AUGUUUCGCAAAAGUCUAUUUACAGUUAAUGCAUUUACCAAAGCGCGCGGUUCGGCACAUUAUAGAAGCCUGUACUCCGCAUCGGCCCUAGGCAUCGAAGGGUACGAGGCAUACCGGGAGAAAAUUCGCACCCAGCAUCUACACAAUGUAGAUAACUUUAAGCGCAAAAUGCGUGACUUUGUGUCCGGUUCGUCCACGAACAUGAUCUUUACCGAGGAUUUGAAAAACAUAAUUCAUCUGAUCGAUAACACGCCGGAAGAUAAGCAGCUGCUAAAGGACACGAUCGUGCGUUACAACCAGCAGGGCAAGGAGUUACGAUUCGGUAAUUACGUGUUUGGACCGGUAAUAAUGCGUGCCUGCCAUCAUCUGGGUGAUGCAGAUUUAGCGCUGGAUCUGUUCAAAACUGCUGGCACGGAUGGAUUUUUCGACCAGCUAACCAGCUACCAGAUACUGGGGGACAUGCUGUACGAGCAGGGCCGGUAUCAGGAGGUGCGCGAGCUGUUUGAUUCGAUCAAAAGCCAUCAGAUUCAGGGCGGACGGUUCCCGAAGCAUUGCAUUACGCUUACGUUUGCCGCUUGCUACAAGGAAAACACGGCCGACUCGUUCCAGUACGCGAUGGAACUGUGGAAGGAGCUGAACUCGGUCGGGCAUGUUCCGAUGCGAAAGGCGACGGCAUUUGCGGCGGCCCUUGCACUUGCCAACGGCCGUCCGGAGAUUGCGAUCGAGAUUUUGGGCACCAUUGCGAAGGGUAACUACGUGACAGUGCGACAGCUGAAAACGUUGGCACUGUGUGCGCUGAACCGGCUGGACGAUGUUGUACCGAUCUUCCGCUCGGUGCUGGAAGUGAAGGGACCGUUCGAAAAGCAGCAAACAUUCUGCGCAGAAGUUAUACAGAAGGUGCGGGAAACGGUUAAGUCGGCGAAAGCAGAAAACACUUCCACCGCACUUCAAGACCUGGAGCGAAUGUUGGAGUUCCUGGACACAAACGGUCAGAUCGUGAACGAUACGUUGGACAGUAUGCUUUGCUCGGAGAUAGUGUCGACGUCACAGCGAACCAAUGGGAACAGCAAUUUGGCCGAUAGUUACAAUACACGUGGCGGACGUAUCCAGCAGCAGCGUAACUUCCGACCGACGAAAAAGUAUCAACAGCCUAGGCCCGGUCUUUCGGAGAUGAACUAG